AAAAGCAGAGUCCUCCUCUCCCUUGUGCACACACAGACACAUUCAGAAACCAAAAGGCAACAGAGAAGUUGUUGUACACUGUACUUCCGAAGAGGCCAGCCAAAGGAAGGAUCAAUCAAUGGCGGGCGAGAAGAAGGCGGGCGAUCUGGUGCUGCUGGACUUCUGGGUGAGCCCGUUCGCGCAGCGGUGCCGCAUCUCCAUGGCCGAAAAGGGCCUCGCAUACGAGUCCCAGGAGCAGGAGCUGCUGGGCCAAAAGGGGGAUCUCCUCCUCCGCUCCAACCCGGUCCACAAGAAGGUCCCCGUGCUCCUCCACGGCGGCGCCGCCGUCUGCGAGUCCCUCGUCAUCCUCGAGUACCUCGAGGACGCCUUUCCCGGCUUAGCCCCUCUCCUCCCUUCCUCCCCCCACGCGCGCGCCCAGGCCAGGUUCUGGGCCGACUACGUCGACAAGACGGUGUACGGCAUCGGCACCAGGCUGUGGAAGCUCAAGGGGGAAGGGCGGGCCGCGGCGCGGGCCGAGAUGCUGAAGACGCUGGAGACGCUGGAGGGGGAGCUCGGGGGCAAGGCCUUCUUCGGCGGCGAGGCGUUCGGGUUCGUGGACGUGGCGUUGAUCCCGCUCACCUCGUGGUUCUACAGCUACGAGAUCCAUGGCGGGUUCAGCGUGAAGGAGGCGUGCCCGAGGCUGGCGGCGUGGGCGGCGCGGUGCGGGGAGAGGGAGAGCGUGGCCAAGACGCUGACCCCGCCGGAGGAGGUGCACGGGUUCAUUGGCGUGCUCAAGAAGGCGUACGGCAUCGAGGAGUAGCCGCGAUCGCGCUUCUUGUUGUUGUCGAUCUUCGGCUGGCCGGCGCGGCGGCGUGCGGUGUGACCUGUUGCUUUGAUUUCCUGGAGUUGUUGGCCUUGGCCGCCGUCUCUUGCUCGUAUUUUCCCUGCUAAUAAUUCCUUUUCAAUCCUGUCUUAGUAUGAGACGGUGGGACGGAGGGAGUACUCGUGUUCUUGUCCGUGUUUGGACCAUGUAUUUGGCAGUUCCGGGUCGCCGCAACACACGUCGCAAAUAAAACAUUCGAAAUACGGAGUAGUUUUCUCGUCAAA